AUGAGUGAUGAUUACUGGAAGUCAAAAGAAUUUAUUGCGUGGCUUUACAAUUCAAGUCCAGUAAGAAAUACAGUAGUUGUGAAUGAUCGAUGGGGAAAAGGCAUAUCCGGUAAACAUGGAGGUUUCUUAACGUAUUCAGAUCAUUUUGAUCCAGGUUAUUUGUUAAGACGGAAAUGGGAAAAUUGUCUUACACUUGAUAAGGAAUCAUGGGGAUAUCGGCGGAAUAUGCGAAGUGAAGACGUAAAUACGGUGUUAUACCUCAUUAGUCAGCUAGUGAGGACUAUUGCUUGCAAUGGAAACUUGCUGUUAAAUGUUGGUCCAGAUAAAUCUGGGAUGAUAGCGCCUAUUUUUGAGGAUCGACUGCGUGAGCUUGGUAAAUGGGUAAAACGAAAUCAGGAAGCCAUUUUUAACACUUACCCAUGGAUGUAUCAGAAUGAUUCUCUCUAUAUUUGGUAUACAAUAAGUUCACCAAGAGUGAGACGUGAUGCAGUUUGGGUAUCGCAUACGGAACAUUCUAAACUUUACGCAUUUUUCCUUCAAUUUCCGAUCAAUGAUACCGUUACAUUGUCCUCUGUACAUUAUACGCCAACGUUGACGGCGGAAGUGCUUCUCGAUUUUAAUAAGACUGAAUUCCUUGAAGUGUACGGUAUUCCUGGACAUUCGGUAAUAAUAAGUUUCAAGAAACACCAAAGACUUGCUACGUUUAGCCCAAUCGUUGUUAGGAUCAAGCAUUUUAAUGCUACUUAUCAUGAUCCACUACAGAAUGACUUAUUCAAAUACUGA